AUGUCAACAUCAAACAUUAGUUCAAGUAUUACCGUUAAAUUCGUAUUCGAUGAUGGUAUUGCUAUACCGUAUAUCGUUCGCUUUUGGGUUUUUCUCGUUUCAAAUAUUUUCUCAUUUAUUUGUUGUCUUUUUGUUCUUUAUCAUUUUCUUUUUGAUUCAAAUCUUCGUCGUGGUUUACAUAAUCAUGUUAUAAUUAUUAUUCUUUUUAUGUGUCUUAUUUGGGAAUUAACAACUGUUCCUUGGUCAAUGUAUCUUUUUCUAUAUGAUGUUGUUUGGAUACAAACACCAACAUUUUGUAUGAUUUGGAAAUUUAUUGAUUCAACUUUAUAUAGUACAAUAGUAAAACUUGUUGGAUGGACAUCAGUCGAAAGACAUAUUCUUAUAUUUCAUGAUCAAUGGGUUUCAACAAAG